AUCCCGUCACAUGCCUCUCCUUUAACCCACGUCCACCUGUCUCACUGUCUAUUUGGACGCGAGCAAGACCAGCUGCAUAUAUCUCUUUGCCUGCCGCCAUGCGAACUCGCAGUGCCAAAGUCAAGCCCACCGACACUAUGCCCGCUCCCCAUCCCGACCACUCCACCACCACCACAACCACAACCACCACGAACCCCACGAAUCCCGACACUCUAUCCCCGCUCUCAUCCCGGAGCUCCAGGAAACUGACCCGCUCCGAAUCUAACACGUCGAUGCAAUCGCAAAUUUACGUCGGCGGCCGCAUGCCCGUUGUCGCUUACUACAAAAAGCCCACCCUCACCAUCUCCGGCCUUCCCGAGGACCUGCUCGAGGAAAUGGAGCGCCAAGACGAGGACGCCCGAGAAGAUCCCGAUCCGCGCCCCAAGCGCCCGGGCAGAGGCCGUCCGGCCAAGGUCCAAAAGCGCGUCUCACCCAAAAAGAGACGAGCCCGCCAGAUUAGACGCAGCCUCACCGACGUCGAAGAAGAGUCUGCCUCCCGCAAUGGCUCCCCGAGCGUCGCUUCCAUGGGCUACGACGACGCCGACCACCCGCAGAACGAGGACGAGGCCUCCUCGCCACCCGCCAAUCCUGGCGCCAGCCCGUCCCAGCAGCUCAUCGAUGAGACGGUCAGUGCCGUCAGGAGCACUUCUGCCUCGAAACCCACUGGCGGUGCCAGUCAGCCUCCCGGGCCCAGAGCCAAGCCGCUCUACGUUGAGGAAGAGCUGGAAGACGAUGAUCUCCCGCCGGCCUUUGCCUCGGAUUGGGACACGCCCGAGGAGACUGACAUUGAGGAUCAAGCCGACCUCGUCCUGAAGAGCCGCUUCGACAAGAUGACGGAUGCCCAAAAAUUCAUCGCCGCGCUGACCAAGCACGUGCCCUCGGAGCGCGCCACGGGCGUGCUGUAUGCCAUUGCCGAAAAUACCCAGCGCGCGCUCAAGCAAUGGCAAGACGAGUACCUGGCCAUUGACAAGCGCGUGGCCGCGCAUGCGAACAACGGCCCGCGCAAGCCCGUCAACGGCGGUCGCGUGCCCAUUGACCCGCGCGUGUUUGACGAUCAGAAAGAAGCAGACCUCUACAGCUACCUCUACGACGCGCGCAAGGCUCCCGGACAGCAGGACCCGUUCGCGCAGCGCGUGGGCACCGAGACCGUCGGAGGCCGCGAGCUCCGCCACCGGCGCGCACGGGACGUCACCACCGACGAUCUGCAGGCGAGCGAGGAGGAAGUCGGAAAGAGAAAGAGGCGAGCCGUGCAGCGCUUCGACGGCAAUGCGGAGCCGGGCUCGCGCACGAGGAAGCGCGACCACGCCGAUUCGGCAACCCCAGAGCCACAGGUUCCGCCGCGCAAGAGAGGUCGCGUCGGCCGUGGCGGCAAGGCGCAGCAGUAUGUGCCUCAGCGCAUCCGCGAGAUGCGCGGCGAGAGCGCCAUGACGACGAGCGCGUCGGAAGACGACCACGACAACGACGACGGCGCCUACGAGGGCAGCACGCCCGAGCCCAAGGGCAAGCGGCGUGGCCGUCCGCCGGGCAGCAAGAACCUCGCCCAGCGCAAGGACGCAGGCAUCAAAAAGGGCCCACGAAACAAGAAGCCUCAGCAGCAACAACAGCAACAAGCUGCCGUGACAUCGCAGCCCGCCGCCGCCGGUCAGCACACGUUCAGCUCGGCGCCGUCGGUGCCUGCGCCCGCCGUCCCAGCGUACCAGUCCCUCCAGCAGCAGCAGCCUUUUAUGGUCCAAGGAUACACGCACGCGCCGCCGUCAAACAUUCCUCCUGCGUCUAUGGCGCCUGUGCCGGGCCUAAACGUCGACCCAGCCUACGCGAGCUCGCACGCGCAUGCGCACCAGAACCAACACCAAAGCCCGUUCGGGCCGGGAGCCUCGGGCGCGCCGCUCGACUCGACCAUUCCACCACUCAACGGACAUCCGUCGACGCCCGCCACGGGAACCACGACACCCAGCAGCACGCCAGCAGGGACAACGGCGUCGGCGACCCCGACCAUAGGCGGCACGCCCAACAGCGCCGGGGGCUCGGCCUCGUCGCGCAAGAAGGGCGUCAAGAGCGAGAAGCGCAGCCAGAGCAUGACAGCGUGGUGGGCAGAGCGGAAGGCGCGGCGCGCGGCCGAGGCGCAACAACAGCAGCAGCAGCAACAGCAGCAGCCGCACGUGAACGUGAGCAUCGCCACUGCGCCGCCGCCGCAGCUGACUACCGCGCCCGGGUCGUCGGUCGCUGGCUUUGCGCCCAUUGUCACGGCUGCGCCGGGCGCGCCGUACGGUGUUGGCGCGAGCUUGCCGCCGUCGGUGCCGGCGUACACGGGGCCGUAUCCACAGCCGCAGCCGGCGCGGGGGUUUGCGGGGGGAUCUGGGUCGGGGGCGGGGGGGUAUCAGGCUCAGGCUCAGGCUCAGCAGGCGCCUCCGCAGUUUCCUCCGCCGCCGCCUCAGCAGCAGCAGCAGCAGCAGCAGCCCUUUCGCGCCAUAGCGCCACAGCAUCAGCAAGCGCAGCUCCAACAGCAUCAUGACCACCUCCAGCAGCAACAACAACAACAACAGCGUCAAUCCCCCUACCCGCACGCGCACGCGCCUAAUCCGCCCCAACAGCAACAACAACAGCAGCCGAACCAAACGCCAUCCCUCCCCUCGCUCGAUGACGUCGUGUACGGCAGCAAUAGCAAUAGCAACGCAGCCGGCGAGACACACGCCCCGUCUGAGCACGCAGAAGGCUCAGCAUCUGCAUCUGCUGGCGCAACUGGCAGCAGCAGCAACGCAGCCAACGCAAAAAAAGAUAAAGACAAAGACAAAGAAAAGGACAAAGACGACGCCAAGACCGCCAAGACUGCUCCGCCUGCUCCGGUGUGGAAGAGUCGCGGCUACGACGUCUGGCUUGGGGGGCCGGGGUGGGGACGGUGAGGUAGGGGUGGUGUGUGUGUGUGUGUGUGGGUGGAGGAGUG